AUGGUCUGCGCAAAAUGCCAAAAGAAGCUAAAAUCCACCGAACUAGCCACGCCGGGCGUAAAACGCAAAAAUGAAAUGUACUAUGGCUCCCCAUCGACAUCGCUAGGUGGCGGUGGGGGCAGUGGCUCCGGCUCUGGGGGCGCAGGUUCAGCUACAGCUGCAGCUUAUAGGUCUAAGCCGACGUUAGGAGGUACCGGUGUUUCGAAGAACAAGCUUCUUAGCUCGAAGGCAAAGAACCCGUAUGCAGCGUAUGCGUCAUCUUGUGAAAUGUGCAAGACCAAGACGGAGCAAGGGAAGAAGUUUUGUCAGCGAUGUGCAUAUCGGAAGAAUGCAUGUCCGAUGUGUGGAAAGAGUCUCACAGGGAAGUCGUCGAAGGACCAGCCCGUGGUGCAGGGGCAAAAGUUCAAUUUGAAAUGA